GAAUUAAUUUAUUACCGCGCUACGUCGUGUGAGCCGCUGCUUACCGCUGCCAAUAUCAACAACAAAAGAUCUAGUUAUCAUAGAAGUAAACUUAAGAGUAAGAUGGCCUGUCUCCCAGAAGGCAUGUCAAAGCGAAAAAGGCUGUAUACAGCCGGUCUGGCUGGCCUGGGCCUGAUCAUUUUGGUUUCGAUCUACAAGUGCGGCUUUCGAAGUGCAUCAAUAUCUGGCCCUGAAGAUUGCUUUUUCUGUGAUUUUGCUAACCACAGGCCGAGUUCUAGAGGACCCAAUCCAAAUCUUGAGGUGGAAACAGAGGAAUAUGUGAUAUUUAAGGAUAAAUUUCCGGCUGCCCGGCAUCAUUACUUGGCGAUACCCAAAGAGCAUUUGGAGAGCUUCAGCGUCCUCAACAGGUCUCACCUGGGGCUGGUGCAGCGCAUGGAGUUGGGAAUGAAGGAGCUGUUCAAAUCUAAGAAUGUAGAUCCAAACGAGGCCAUUAUUGGGUUCCACAUACCCCCCUUCAUAUCGGUGAAGCACCUUCACCUCCACGGCAUUUAUCCGGCCUCCGACAUGAACGUGUUGAAUAAGAUCAACUUUUUCUCCUCCUUCUGGUUCAAAAAGUCCGAGGAUGCGAUACAAGACCUGGAAAGUCGGGAACUAUGAAAAGCGGAUGGUUUUAUAUAUUUUAUCAUAAUUGAGAUACCUGAUUCCUGUGACUGACAUCUUACCAGUGAUGCCCACUCCACUUGCUUGGAGAACUCUGAAUAUUCCCCUUGCCUAUGCAAGUUUAGGAUAUAUAUUUCCAAUCGUGACCAAAAAUAAGAAAUAAAGCUAGCUGGAAAUACAUA